CACACUUUAAAUAGCCAGCACCUUCCCCUUCUCCCUUAGAUAAUUCUUCUCCCCCCUGACCGGACCUCUGGCAGCAACUGCACUAAGGUGGGAUGGAUAACAGGGUCUCGAGCACAGCCAGUAAUGGGGAGACCAAACUAGUGUACCCAGGCGUGGAAAAGGCAAAGGAAGAUGGCACCCUGGAACGGGGGCACUGGAACAACAAGAUGGAGUUUGUGCUGUCAGUGGCCGGGGAGAUCAUCGGCCUAGGAAACGUCUGGAGGUUUCCCUAUCUCUGCUACAAAAAUGGGGGAGGUGCCUUUUUCAUCCCCUACCUCAUCUUCCUCUUUACCUGUGGCAUUCCUGUCUUUCUCUUGGAGACAGCACUGGGCCAGUACACUAGCCAGGGAGGCAUCACAGCCUGGAGGAAGAUUUGCCCCAUCUUUGAGGGCAUUGGCUAUGCCUCCCAGAUGAUUGUCGUCCUCCUCAACAUCUACUACAUCAUUGUCCUGGCCUGGGCCCUCUUCUACCUCUUUAGCAGCUUCACCGCCGACCUUCCCUGGGGAAGCUGCCACCAUGAGUGGAACACAGAAUCCUGUGUAGAGUUCCAGAGGACCAAUGGCUCCCUGAAUGUGACCUCUGAGAACGCCACGUCUCCUGUCAUCGAGUUCUGGGAGAGGCGGGUCCUGAAGAUCUCUGAUGGCAUCCAGCACCUGGGGGCCCUGCGCUGGGAGCUGGCCUUGUGCCUCCUGCUUGCCUGGGUCAUCUGCUACUUCUGCAUCUGGAAGGGGGUCAAGUCCACGGGCAAGGUGGUGUACUUCACAGCCACAUUCCCUUACCUCAUGCUGGUGGUCCUGCUAAUUCGAGGGGUGACACUGCCUGGGGCAGCCCAAGGAAUUCAGUUUUACCUGUACCCAAACCUCACGCGUCUGUGGGAUCCCCAGGUGUGGAUGGACGCGGGCACCCAGAUUUUCUUCUCCUUCGCCAUCUGCUUAGGGUGCCUGACAGCCCUGGGCAGCUACAACAAGUACCACAACAACUGCUACAGGGACUGCAUCUCCCUCUGCUUCCUCAACAGCGGUACCAGCUUUGUGGCUGGGUUUGCCAUCUUCUCUGUCCUGGGCUUCAUGUCUCAGGAGCAGGGGGUGCCCAUCUCUGAGGUGGCCGAGUCUGGCCCUGGCCUGGCUUUCAUCGCCUACCCCCGGGCUGUGGCGAUGCUGCCCUUCUCUCCUCUCUGGGCUUGCUGCUUCUUCUUCAUGGUCGUCCUCCUGGGGCUGGACAGCCAGUUUGUGUGCGUAGAAAGCCUGGUGACGGCGCUGGUGGACAUGUACCCCCAUGUAUUCCGCAAGAAGAACCGGAGAGAGCUCCUCAUUCUCGGCGUGUCUGUCGUCUCCUUCUUUGUCGGGCUGGUCAUGCUUACAGAGGGUGGUAUGUAUGUAUUUCAGCUCUUUGACUACUAUGCAGCCAGUGGCAUGUGCCUCCUGUUCGUGGCCAUCUUUGAGUCCUUUUGUGUGGCCUGGGUCUAUGGAGCCGGGCGCUUCUAUGACAAUAUUGAAGAUAUGAUUGGGUACAGACCAUGGCCUCUUAUCAAAUACUGUUGGCUCUUCCUCACGCCAGCUGUAUGCACAGCCACCUUCCUCUUCUCCCUGAUCAAGUACACCCCGCUGACCUACAACAAGAAGUACACGUACCCGUGGUGGGGUGACGCUUUGGGCUGGCUCCUGGCUCUGUCCUCCAUGGUCUGCAUUCCUGCCUGGAGCUUCUACAAGCUCAGCACCCUCAAGGGCUCCUUCAGAGAGAGAAUUCGCCAGCUCAUAUGCCCAGCUGAGGACCUGCCUGGAUGGAACCAAGCAGAGCCCUCUGCCCCCGCCACACCCAGGACAUCACUGCUCAUACUCACAGAACUGGAGUCUCACUGCUAAGGCUGCAGGGCACAGGGUCGUGCCGUGGGCCUGGCUGUGGGGACAGCUGCAGAGGGGGAGGGCAGAAGCAGCCCCACUGUGCUUCUCUGCCCCCUCCUGGGGCAGAUGAGAUGGGAGGAUUUGGAAUCCACCUUGGGUUGGGCGCCUGCUACCUGAACUUCCCUGCUCCAGGGGUGGCUGUACAGGUGUGAGAUGCUCGUAUCAAGAGGACCCUUUUCGAGACAGGCCUUGGGAAGCUGGGUGGGGGCUGGUGGGUGGAGUGACAGCCUCUUACCCUUCAUUCCAUUAAAUCCAUGCUCUUCCUAGCCACUGCCA